GCCGUAAUUCUGGGCUGUGCUCCUUGGCUCCGCUCCAUGCCUGUGAAAUAACAGCUCUGCCUUGGUCUAGCUGCGCGGAGAAGCCAGGGCCGGCUGCCUGUUUCCUCCUUCAGCAAUCCUAAGGGAGGUAGGACGGAGUGCUCUGCUAUUCACUGAUAUUAUCCAAGAAAUACGUUUUAUUUUAGCUAUAUUUUUUGACUGGCUGCAACAGUGUCUCGAUGGGGAAGCUGUUCUCCAAAGGCUGGCGCAAAAGAGACGCGCGUGUGGUCAUGCUGGGCCUCGACCUCGCUGGGAAAUCCACCAUCCUGUACCAGCUGAAGGGCGGCCAGGCCAUGGAGACGUGCCCAACCGUGGGCUUCAACGUGGAGGCCAUGCGGACGCCCUGCGGCAUGUCCUUCAACCUCUGGGACGUUGGGGGACAGCCCAACCUCCGGGCCAGCUGGCACCACUACCUGGAGGACACCAACAUCCUGGUCUUUGUGCUAGACAGCGCAGACACGGCUCGGCUGCCUGAAGCGUUGGCGGUGCUGGAGGAGACCCUGGGCCACCCUGGUCUUGCUGAGGUCCCUGUCCUCCUCCUGGCCAACAAGCAGGAGCUGCCAGGGGCCAUGGCUCCCGCUGAGCUGGGACAGCAACUGUGCAGGGGACGGCUGGCAGGGCACCCAUGGUUGCUGCGGGGAUGCAGUGCCCACACUGGGCAGGGCUUGCAAGACAUCCUGGGGGUGCUGGGGGAGUUGCUCCGGGGCGUGAGGCAGGGAUCCCUGGCCCUAGAGCAGCCCCUCAGCUGAACCGGAUUCAGAACAGGAUUCUGCUCUGCCAGAUGUGUCUACAAGGGACAGAAGGGUUUUGUUUUCCUCCCAGCUCACACUACUACCCUGGUGGAGCAGGACUUGCAGCAGCUGUUCGGCUGUAAGAUGUCACCUGUGGGUAUGAUCUUCAAGCCAUGGAAGUCAAUCAGGAUUAGUGCUGAUGGACAAUGCGUGUGUAUUAAUUCCUUGUUUGCUGGGGGUUGGAACUAGAGGACUUAAAGGACCUUUCCAACCAAAGACAUUCUGUGAUUCUUGUCUUGGUUCAUUCUUUCCUUCUGUUAUUUUUAGUGAAUGCUGUUUUCAGGAAA